GGCGGGAGGUGAGGGACACUUGGGGACGCGUCCCCCUCUCGCCCUGCCCGGGGGGCUCCUGCAGGAGCCGGAUGGUUCCAGGGCUUGGGGCCCGUCCUCAAGAACCGCAGCUUCCUUCUCCACCACCAUGGAGAACUUCCUGGCCCCUCGGAGCGAGCUGGUGCUGCAGCAGGGCAGGGCCCAGCUGCUCCUGGGGAAGGCGGGUGGACAUUCCCGGCGGAAGCGGGAAUUCAUGCCGGACGACAAGAAGGACACCAUGUACUGGGAGAAGAGGCGCAAGAACAACGAGGCCGCCAAGCGCUCGCGGGAGAAGCGGCGCCUCAACGACGUGGCCAUGGAGAGCCAGCUGGCAGCGCUGAGCCGCGAGAACACCGUGCUCAGGACCGAGCUGCUGUCCCUCAAGCUGCGCUUCGGGCUCCUCAGCCCCGAGCCCAGCCCCUGCCAGGGCCACCCCCUCGGGCUCUACCUCAAGGGGCACCGGGCAGCCUCCCCACUGCUGGGCAUGGAGCCCUUUGCUGGUGACUCCUGCUGCCCUGCCCAGAAGAGCUUCGUGCCCAAGGUGCUGGAACCGGCUGAGCUUCCUUGCAAAACUUUCAACCCCUCCACAAACAUCUUCGGCUGUGGCUCCAAACCCAUUCCCAUGGACACUCCUGGCCUCCAGCAGCCCAAAAGGUUUGAGGCGUCCUUCAGCCCCACAGUUUGCUCUCCAUUCCUCAGCUACCCCUGCCCAGACAAACACCCCUUCCCCUGGCCUUGGCUGGGCAGCACCUGCUUCUUGUGCCCGUCCACCGGCACCACCGAGGCCAGGAAGGAGAGCAGCAUCUCAGUGUCGGAUGAAGAUGACGAGCAACAAGUGCCCAAAACUUGUCCUGUGCCCCCCUGCAACGUGCCCUGCCCCUCAGAAGAGCAGCUGAAGGGCCGGAGCUUUGCUGCCCUCCCACACAAGCUCCGGAUUAAAAGCAAAGCCCUGGGCGGUCUGGAGGAGACUGGGCUGGACUCACACUGAGGCAGCACAGGAACGGCUGCUGUGGGGCCACAGUGACUCAUCCCAAGGACACGGAUGGUUUGGAAGGAUGAGGUGGGAGGGAAAUGUGUUUUUCUCCAAACAUGGAUGUAAUUUUCCCUGCUCUGUGUAAACGCUGAGGGAGUUUCUGGGGCUGCAUCACUACAGCACAGCUGCAGCUGGCCAGGACCCUGCGGUCCCCCGGUCUCACUGGUGGCUCUGCUACCACAGCAAGCUCAAACUGGAGGUGUGAAGGGGCAGGAAGAGGCCAAGACAGUGGGGAUGGUUCCCACACAAUGUGACACCUUGUAACUACAGCUGCCAGGGGUAUCAACCACUGUAGUGGCCUUCGCUUCAUCACCGCCCUCAUCCUCACCAAUGUGCCUGAAGUCAGAAUUCCCUGACACAGGAAACUGUUGAUGGAACCAGCUUCAGACCCCUCAGCUGUCUGGAGAAAAUAAAAAGGCGUUGUGACUCUGGGAGUGUGGAUUUACGCUGGCAUGCAAUGAGAGCAGCACCUCCUCCACUUUAUUCCAGUUUACAAUAAUUUAUCUCCAGAGAGAACGAAUUCUUCUUCUGUGACCAGACACACUGUGAUCCAGAAGAUAAUUUCAUUUAUCUUUGCAACUGUUCUUAUGGAAAACGAAGUAAUUUUUUUAUCAUUAUUAUUAUUGAAAUGCAAAAAAUAUUGUAGUUUUGCUUCUUUCUUUUAAAAAAGGCAUUUUUAGACCCAAUCUUUGAGUAUUUGGGAACUCUUUAUCAAACAGGCACAAGCUGCACGUGGUGUUUGUAUUCCUGCAUCUGCUGGGACACAGUCCCUGUCCAUCCUGCCUUCUGCCUGCUUUUCCUUUGUAAGGGGUCUUGAGCCUCCUAGGAGCUGUUGCUCGGUUUUCAAGCCAAAGAGAAUUCUCAGGGAUGCAUUCCAGGUAUAGCUGUAACUUCCUCUCCUCAGAUCUUUCCUGCUUUCUCUCUUUCCCCAAGGAAAGAAUGCUCUUGCAGUUCUGAUGUUGCCAGGUCUGUCAGCCCCAGACAUUUUUUGACAUGUUGGACAAAACCAGCCCAAUCUGAUGAUUCCAUCAGUCCCAGCCUGUUGGAAGAAGAUCUCAAAGUGAAAAAGCGACUUCAAGCUGUUCUCCUCUGCCCCAACCACAUUUUCAGUCCAUGUCCCAUGUCCCAAAGGACAGAAGAGCUGCAAGGCCUGCCCAGCCCUGCUGGGAACCAAAGCUGACAGUGGAGCUCAACAUCCCUGGGAGUCUCCAUCUCUUCAGUUCUCCAGCUUAAGGGAUUCUCCUGUUCCUCUGUGUGUCUGCCCCUCUGCUCCACUCAGGUGAGACCCCACCUGCAGAGCUGCCCCAGCCCUGGGGCCCAGG